GCCCUGGGCACCGUCAGAGGGACAGGGCAGGACGGCUCCUGCUGCCAGGGACGGCUGCAGGGGCUGAAGCUGGGGCUGCAGUCAGGGCUGCCCAGGGCUGUGGUGCAGAGCAGGUGCUGCAGCCCUGAGGGCUCUUGGCCAGCCCAGGGCAUCUGCCACCUGCCAGGGGCAGCUCUCAGCCUGCCUGGGAGCUCCCAUGGACUGUGGGGAGAAGUUGGAGGUGGAAGGAGCCACCCCCAUCAGGGCAGAUUCCUGCUGCUGUGGAGAUGGUGCUGCAUGGCCAGGGCUGCUCUCAGCUUUCUCAUGAAGGAAAGGGAAAGGGGCUGUCAGGGUUGUCUGUGUCACUGACACUCCUGCACUGUCACCCUGGGGAUCAGCAGAUGUGCCUCAGAUCUCCCUCAGAAAGUGCCUCCACACCCUCCUCUAGCUACAGACAGCAGCAGCAGCACCUUGGCUUGCAGCAUCUCUGUUUGAGCUGCCCUUAAGGCCCUGGUGCCAGGGAGAUGCCCCUGGGCAGUGCCGUGUGCUGGGAGGGGUGUGCAGGGCAGAGCUGAGCCCCCAGGGCUGGGCUGCACUCUGGGAGAACUGGCAGGGACAAGACUUUUAUAAACAGCUACCAGUAAGCACAACUCAAGGCAGCCAAGAGCCAGACGAAGCCUGGAUAUCCCUCCCUGUCCAGCAACACAGAAAAAAAAGGAGAGAAGUCUUUAGGGAAAUUUAUUUUGAAAUUGCAACCUUCAUAUAGUCCACUUUUUUUUUCUUGCGUGUUUUAAGUGCAAUCAGCCAGAAAUAGAGGGAGGUGUAUUUAGGAAAAGGGCAUCUUUGUGAGGCCUGCAGGUCUCAGUGCACGGGGGUACAGGGAGCUCUGUUUUCCCUCUGGGCUUCCCGUGUUGAAGCUGAGAGCAAUGCUUAAGAUGAGAUAGGAACUCAGAAGCUGCAGAAACAUGAACUAAAAGAAGUUUAUCAAAGUUCCCUCACAAGAAGAGAAGUGAUUUUGAGGGGAUUCCAAAUAAAAUAGUAUAGGAUUGACUCAAAUAAAUUGGUGUCACUUUGUCAAUGUAUUCUUUCAACAGCCCACAAUGCCCAGAGUGAGGAAAUGUGCAACAGCAGCUCCAUCAGCAACUUCCUCCUGCUGCCAUUGGCAUACACGCGGCAGCUGCAGCUCCUGCACUUCUGCCUCUUCCUGGCCAUCUCCCUGGCUGCCCUCCUGGCCAACGGCCUCAUCAUCAGCGCCGUAGCCUGCGGCCACCUCCUGCACACCCCCAUGUUCUUCUUCCUGCUCAACCUGGCCCUCAGUGACCUGGGCUCCAUCCUCACCACUGUGCCCAAAGCCAUGCACAAUUCCCUCUGGGACACCAGGAACAUCUCCUACACAGGAUGUGCUGCACAGGUGUUUUUCUUUUUAUUUUUCAUGUCAGCAGAGUUUUCCCUCCUGACCAUCAUGUGCUACGACCGCUACGUGUCCAUCUGCAAACCCCUGCACUACGGGACCCUCCUGGGCAGCAGAGCUUGUGCCCACAUGGCAGCAGCUGCCUGGGCCAGUGCCUUUCUCAAUGCUCUGCUGCUCACAGCCAAUACAUUUUCCCUGCCCCUGUGCCAUGGCAAUGCCCUGGGCCAGUUCUUCUGUGAAAUCCCACACAUCCUCAAGCUCUCCUGCUCGAAAUCCUGCCUCAGAGAACUGGGGCUCAUUGUGCUAAGUGCUUUUCUAUUUUUUGGCUGUUUUGUGUUCAUUGUUUUCUCGUAUGUGCAGAUUUUCAGGGUUGUGCUGAUGAUCCCCUCUGAGCAGGGACAGCACAAAGCCUUUUCCACCUGCCUCCCUCACCUGGCUGUAGUCUUCCUGUUUAUCAGCACUGGCACAUUUGCCUACCUGAAGCCCCCAUCCAUCUCCUCGCUAUCAAUGGAUCUGUCAGUGUCAUUUGUGUAUUCGGUGGUGCCCCCAACCCUGAACCCCCUCAUCUACAGCCUGAGGAACCAGGAGCUCAAGGCUGCAGUGUGGACACUGAUCACUGUACGAUUUCACAAACACUAAACUGCUGGUCAAUUUAUGCAAGUCGCUUUUAAUAAUAUUCAUCUUUGAUACACCUUGGUGGUUUGGUUAUUUGGGUUUUUUUCUUUGUUUUAUUUUUCAGUGAUAUUCACAAAGAAAGGCCAUCGUUUCUUCCAUUUCUUGUGUUGUUGUCCUGCACAUUUUCUCAGGUCCUAGACUGUGUCAAUGAUGAGCUGUGCUCUUGGGGGCUUUUAAAUGAGCAAAAGGAUCUCCUAGCAGAGUUUUCACUGGAGAAUCCACUUUAUUUUCCCUUCUGUGUGGCUGCAGCAGCAAUGUCUGUGUGCAGAGCUGGGGCAGAUCAGUGCUGGCACAGCAGCUGUGCCCAGCAGCAGCAGCACUUGGUGUUGCCAGUGCUGCUGCCGUGGCCCUGCCCCGCUGCCCUCCUGGCCCUGCUGUUGCUGUAGGGCCUGAGUGCUCUCGGGGCCGGGCACAGGGCUGGGGGUGGCAGUGCCGGGGCUGCAGCAGGGACAGGCCACGGGCACUGCUGGGGCAGCGCUGACGCCUCAGGCCAGGGCCUGGGGGCUGCAGGCUCCUUGCCCAGGCUCUCUCCACAACACGGCCAGGCCAAUGCUCAGCACAGAAAAGCCCCGUCAGCAGCCCCAGGCUGGCCGUGGGCAGGCUGGGGGCAAACAGCAUGGCUGGGGCUCUGCAAGGUCCCUGGGGUAGAUGGAAAGGAGCAGCAGAGCAGGGCCUGAUCCAUCC